AUGGAUCCAGCCUCCAAUGUGCAGAGCAUGUCAAACGAGCUGCUCAUGGCCGCAGGGCAAGGCGAUGUGGAGCAGAUAAAUCGCCUUCUCCAGCAGCACGAGGAAGAAGUCGUCCUCCACGUCAAGAAUGAGAAGGAGGAUGCUGUCGACGGACAAGCAGGACGCGCUGCUGCUGCUGCUGCUGCCAUGGCAGCAGAUGCAGACGCGGCCACUGCUACGGGAGACUCCAUCCUGCAUGUGGUCGCGGGUGGAGGCGAUGCUCGUUUCUUGGAGUGCGCCACGGUGAUCGUCGGCAAGGCGAAGCAUCUCCUCAGCGCCCGCAACCGCAACCGCAACGGCGACACCCCGCUACACUGCGCCACCCGGCUGGGGCAUGGUAGGAUGGUCACCCAUCUCUUGGGUCUUGCUCGACCCGGUGAUGGUGAUGAGACUGGGCUGAAGGAGAACCUGAGGGCGCAGAACGGCAAGGGAGAGACUGUGCUGCACGAAGCGAUCCGCUUGGAAGACAAGGACAUGGUGGGCGUGCUACUGUCGGCGGACUCGCAGCUAGCGCGUGUUCCGCUGGCCGACGGCGCCUCGCCCUUAUACUUGGCCCUGUUGCUGGGUCUCGGGGACAUUGCAAGGCAGCUCUUUGAGGGAGACCAAGAGCUGUCUUACUCUGGACCAGACGGCCAAAAUGCCUUCCACGCAGCUCUUCUGGGGAGGCAGGCCAAAGGCAUCACCAUGUCACCCCGCAAAAAAAAAGACACCACCAUGUCAGACUCGAGUCGGAGAACCAGUAAUGACCAAUUGUUGACGCCUUCCACGCAGCCAUGCCAAGAGGAGAUAGGCCGAGUCUCCGAGAGGAAACCACACCAUCCCUUCUGGCGACCGCGAAGACGUUAUCCCAGAGAAGAGGCAACUCAUCAGGUAAUGAAAAUGCUAUUGGAAAGGAACAAUCACCUUGUGACACAAGCGGACCGAUCCACAGGAAGCACGCCCCUUCACUUGGCCGCCACAUGGCGGGGACCGAUGGGAUUGCUACUCAAGGCUGGCCCAGCUGCAGCGUAUAUGCCAGACAAUAAUGGGUCAUUUCCCAUACAUUUAGCUGCGUUCGAGGGUGAAGAGAAUGCAGUCUUGGCCUUCCUACAAGAGAGCGGCCCUUACUGCGCCGAGCUACGCGACGGCAAAGGCAGGACAUUCCUCCAUGUCGCGGCUGAAGAGGAGAAGAGCAUCCGCGUCAUCAAGUUGGCUUGCGGAUGGCAGGGCAAGUCGUUUUCAUCGUCGGUCAUGAACAUGCAAGACAACGACGGGAACACUGCGCUGCACCUCGCUGCUCUGGCAGGGAAUAUAGGGGCAGUCUGUGAUCUGGUGUCAAUACCAGAGGUCAAGCUAGAUGUAAGCAACAACAAGAGAGAAACACCACUAGAGACUGCGUACAUGACUAAAACCCUUGGGGCACACAGCGCAGGGUCGGCCUUCUACGGGGACCCACGGAAAAGGAUAUAUCUCUUGUUGCAAGGAACUUGCUAUAGGACUGGUGUCUCCGCAGGGAUCAGACCCUGGGGGAGAGAACGGAGAGAAUUCAUCAAGUCUGCUUUAGACAAAAUGAACAGAUCGGAGAACAUCGCCAGCGAAACGCAGAUCAUCGGUCUUGUCGCUGUGCUGAUCACGACGGUGACAUUCGCCGCAGCCUUUGCCGUGCCUGGUGGCUACCGAGCAGAUGACGACAACAAGGGCGGCACGCCGAUGCUUGCGGGGCACUACUCCUUCCAUGCCUUCGUCAUUGCCAACACACUAGCAUUCACCUGCUCCGUCGUAUCCAUCCUCUUUCUCAUGUAUGCAGGGGUAGGCCCGAACGUGAACGACCGCAUGUGGCCCUUACUCAUGUCCACAAACCUUUUGGCUAGUUCGGCUAGGAGCCUCUGCGCCGCCUUCGCCGUCGGGGUGUACUCCAUCCUAGCUCCGGUCGAGCCAAUCAAGGCCAUGUUUUCUUGCAUCAUCACCGUGUUCCCGCUCGUGCUGGUGGAACUCUUUUUAUACAUCAAGUCGGCGUCAAUGGAUUACAGCGACAGCAGAGCGGAGUUGGCAAGGAAGUUUGCAGGUCAGGCACUCUGGAUGGAGAUGGCACGGGCGAUCCUAGCGCACCUACUCAUUGGGAUAGUGAUGUUCGAGUACUGGCCAUACAUUUUCAUCGCGGCCAUGUCUUGCUAA